GCAGUUAGGAUUUCCAAAUAUCAUGUCCAAUUCCGUAGACUUGACACCAGCUCAGCACAAAGAUAGAUGUAUGAAGCUAGAAUAUUUUAUAGAGUCACAAAGAGAACUUUGUUCCAGAUAUGAUAGAAUAUUACCAAUUUUAGGAAUUGGAGCUCGACUUGCCAUGGAAGAAUGCCAGAACCAAUUUUCAUUCAGCAGGUGGAACUGCACUACGUUUCCCGAAAGAAAUAACACAUUUGGAAAUGUUGUCACAGUUAGGAGUAGAGAAGCUGCCUACCUUUCAGCAAUAUCAGCAGCUAGUGUGGCAUACACAGUUACAAGAGCGUGUUCAAAAGGCGAUUUGUCCGAAUACUGCUCUUGUGACAACAAGAUAAAGAGGAAGAAAUCCCAAAAAUGGAAAUGGGGUGGAUGUUCGGACGACAUCAAGUAUGGUGAAAAUUUCAGCAGGCAGUUCCUAGACGUCCGCGAGGACCCAAACACAGCCAUGGGUUUGAUGAACCUACACAACAACGAAGCUGGAAGGAGAAGUGUACGGUCACGAAUGCAACAUACAUGCAAGUGUCACGGGGUGUCGGGAUCCUGCAGUAUGAAAAUAUGUUGGAAACGGCUCCCGGCCUUCAAGAAAGUCGCAGAAGGUCUGUUUCAGAGGUACGAGGGAGCUUCCCACGUCAAAUUUGUAGAGAGGCGGAGGAAAAAAUUGAAAGCCAUAAGCCCGGAUCUGAAGAAGCCCAAUAGGACGGAUCUCGUCUACUUGGACGAUUCUCCGGAUUACUGCGAGAAAAAUGAAACGCUAAAUAUCCUGGGUACUAGAGGAAGAAUAUGCAAUCGGACCAGUCAGGGAAUGGACGGCUGUCGACUGCUUUGCUGCGGAAGAGGUUACCAAACCAGGGUGCGAGAGGUGGAGGAAAAAUGCAAGUGUCAAUUUAUUUGGUGUUGCAACGUUGUUUGUGAUAUAUGCAGAUCUAGAAAGGAGGAGCACGUCUGCAACUAAGUGUGUACAAAUGGCGAACGACUGAAAAGUACCAUUGGAUGUUGAUAUAUCCAAAAGUCCAAACGAAAUGUAUUUAUUGAACAACAUUUGAGAUGUGACUUCAGUUCUGUUUUAUUAUUUGGGAAGGAAGGAAAAUGAUGCAAGUGAGGAGAAUCCUCUGUCGGUAAAUGGAUGAUUUUACCGAUCUGCCCAUCAGUAAUUAGGAAAAAAAACUAAAAAAUCGAUGUUUAGAAAUAUGUACUAAAUUAAAGAGGUGUUUGGUAUUGAGCAUGGACAUUCCAUUAGAAGAUAAAUUUUAAAAAUUAAUAAAUACGUAUACUCUCGCAGAUGGGUGGAAAAUUUAACCGGAAAUGUAGAUAAAUCUCUUGUAGGCCUAAGUAAAUGUUCUUAAAUAUUCUCAACUUUAUAUUUCCAACGCGUAGAUAUUAAAAUUAACAUUCGGCAAAUUUUAUAUUUAAAAUUUUGAGAGCGAUUGAUUAUUCUUGACCGAUUCUCUUUCAUGAGAUUUUUAAGUAAUUUGCGCUGGUAGACAGCGAUUAUGAAAUAAAAACUAUCUUCCACUUUUAUAAUGGACAUUGUCAAUUUUUUUUACAUGGAAGCAGAUUCCAUUUGGAAGCGACUUUUGACUAGUUAUGUACUAAUCUUAUAAAUACAUUAUUUAAGGAUCAUAUUUUUUAUAUUGUACUGUGAUACAUACAUAUUUAGUUUAUUUCUGUAUUAAGAGUUAACUGAAUAGCAAUAGGUUGAACCGGAUGCAGUCAGUUGGGGUAACUGUACGCACCUGUCAUAGACUAUAUUAAGAUAAAAAUUUUAAAAAAUACCUUCAAUUAUUUACUUAAACUCUUAUUUAUAUAUAGUAAGAUAACCACCUCGUUCUUCCGUAGUUUUGUGAUAUAAUAACGUUUAAUUUGACUCUUGUGUAGAACUGUUGCAAUAAUCUCAAUUACUAAAACUUUCUUCCUACUACUCGUAGAAGCUUUAGUAAGUACCUAAUUCCUUGGCAGUGUCAACUUGUUCUUGAGACAGUAUUUUGCAAUAUGGAUUAUGGACAUUUUCUUUUGUUUUGCGAUAUGUUGUGUUCCUACAGUUAACCUCAUACACUUACCUCAAACCUGUAGGCUAAAUUAUUACUUGAAAUUCUUCUUCUUUUUCUUCUUCUUCUUCCAGUGGUUAGGUAGGUUCAUUAGUGUGACGUGACGUCCUGACAUCAGCGUCGCCAUUUUUGUUGGGAUAGGUCAUAAGACGCGAUCCAAUCCAUUUAUAAACAAUUUGAGAAU